AUGUCCCUCCCUGUAACACAAAGGAAAACCCUCCCUGAUGCCUGGGACUACAAGGGCCGCCCCGCUGAGAGGUCCACGUCCGGUGGCUGGACCAGCGCUGCCAUGAUUCUAGAAGUUGAGACAUGUGAGAGGCUAACAACGUUAGGUAUCGCUGUUAAUUUGGUGACGUAUUUGACGGAAACCAUGCAUUUGGGCAAUGCUACCUCGGCCACCACCGUGACCAACUUCCUUGGCACAUCUUUCAUGCUUUGUCUGCUCGGUGGUUUUAUAGCAGACACGUUUCUUGGCAGAUAUCUCACGAUCGGAAUCUUCGCCACCGUUCAGGCAACUGGCGUCACCAUUUUGACAAUCUCAACAGUAAUCCCAAGCCUAAGGCCUCCCAAAUGCACCAGGGAGAGCGCCACAAUUUGCACCCCGGCAAGCGGCAUACAACUCAUUAUUCUCUACUUAGCCCUUUACCUGACAGCCCUUGGCACUGGCGGUCUCAAAUCAAGUGUCUCAGGGUUUGGGUCAGACCAAUUCGAUGAGUCGGACACUGAAGAGAAAUCCCAGAUGACAAACUUCUUCAACUGGUUCUUUUUCUUCAUAAACAUAGGUUCACUUUGUUCAGUGACUAUUCUGGUGUACAUCCAGGACAAUUUAGGGCGUGAAUGGGGCUAUGGAAUUUGUGCUUGUGCUAUUGUGAUAGGGUUGGUCGUGUUUCUAUCGGGUACUAGGCGUUACCGUUUCAAGAAAUUGGUUGGGAGCCCAUUGACCCAAAUUGCCGCAGUGUUUAUCGCUGCCUGGAAGAAGAGGCAUUUGGAGUUGCCAUCUGAUUCAUCGUUGCUUUUCAAUAUUGAUGAUGUAUCUGAGCAGGGAUUGAAGAAGAAGAAGCAAAAGUUACCCCACAGCAAGCAGUUCCGUUUCUUGGACAAGGCAGCGAUCAAGAACCCAUCUGUUCCUGAGGCAAACAUAGCAACCUUAACAGAUGUUGAAGAAGUGAAAUUGGUGCUAAGAAUGUUACCCAUUUGGGCAACCACUAUCAUAUUUUGGACCGUGUAUGCCCAAAUGACAACAUUUUCAGUGUCUCAGGCGACUACCAUGGACCGUCACAUUGGCAAAUUUCAAAUCCCACCAGCAUCACUUACAGUUUUCUUCGUUGGUAGCAUUCUCUCGGCUGUCCCAAUUUACGACAGACUCAUUGUUCCAAUUGCAAGAAAACUUCUCAAAAACCCACAAGGUUUAACCCCCUUGCAAAGGAUAGCGGUUGGGUUGGUUUUAUCCAUUAUUGCAAUGAUAGCAGCAGCAUUGACGGAAAUAAGGCGAUUGAGAGCCGCAAGCUCACAUGGACUUACAAAUAAUCCAGCAGCUCAAAUCCCAUUAAGCGUCUUCUGGCUGGUCCCUCAAUUUCUGUUGGUGGGGGCUGGAGAGGCUUUUACAUAUAUAGGGCAGCUUGACUUUUUCUUAAGGGAGUGUCCAAAAGGGAUGAAAACAAUGAACGGUUUAUUUUUGAGUACCCUUUCCUUAGGAUUUUUCGUUAGUUCUUUGUUGGUUACUAUAGUUCACAAGGUCACUAGAAGCAAUAAGCCAUGGCUACCGGACAAUCUGAACCAAGGGAGGCUCUAUGAUUUCUACUGGCUUUUGGCAAUUUUGAGUUGUUUGAACCUGGCAAUUUACUUGGUUUUUGCUAAAUGGUAUGUGUACAAGGACAAGAGGCUUGCUGAUGAAGGGAUUGAAUUGGAAGAAGCAGAACCUACCUUCCAUUAA